AACAUUUUUACCUUCUUUGAAAAGCUAUGGAGUAUUAAUAGUAAUAGGUAUAGUUAUAUGUGGUAACAAACGUCGUUUUAACUUCUUGGGAAAGGAAUCCUAGAAAGUGUUCCUCAACAUACAAGAAGACUUUUCUUUUUGCGGCAAGUGAGGGAACCCUAUACCUUAUUAAAACUGCAAAUGAAGGUUGUAAUUGCCGUAACUUCCCCACCAUGGUUGAAAAUUUUUUAACUUCGUUCUAGCUAAAAGACUCGCAUACAAAGUAGAAUCAAAGAAAAAAAAAGAGUGACAAUGACAAGUAUGUCAUUACUUUUUUGACACAUGUGUUCUUGUUUCUGUCAGGCAUAGAGGAAGUUAUUUUCGGUGUGUACUGUUUGUGUGUAUUUUGUGUUUGUUUAAGUGUCACGCAGAAGCCAUUAAAAUGUCGCCGUAAAAGAAGCAAUAAAAUUAAUUAAUUUUUGAAAUGCAAUGAAUUAUAUGAUUGCAAUGUAAUGGAGUAAAAAUGAGAUUGUAUAAGGCAAAACUACCUGCAAGUCCUGACGUAUCUCCUCUGCUGUGCCCGUUGCAUUCAAGCUACCCAGCCAUCUAUGAGUUGAUAGCUACCUACAUUGUAUUGGAUCCUAGAAUAUUUAGAAAAAAAUGUAUUUUUACGAAAGGUUUUGCCUCUGGCUAGGGCAUUUGAAGUUAUCCCGUGUUAUUUUUAUGGUUUCUGUAUUAUUAUUUAUAGUGCCACUAUUUACACACUAUUCUUUGUCUAAGUAUGCUGAAUCUGGAACUAAGACAGAUAAUCCAAUGCGAUAUAGUCUUGAGGCGCUAGGUGACAUUUCAACCAAGAAUGCUGCAGAUUUGAAAAUGAGGAUAGAAGAAAUGUUAAGAAUAAGGGCGUCUAUUUCUACUGAACUACGUGAAUUGGAGGCUAAACGUGGACGUCUUCAAGUUGAGGCAGCGGCGGCCAGCACUAAAGCCGAGAGCGCUAAGGCGAUGCACUUGCGAGCCGCAGCGGAACUACAGCUUCUGCGCGUUUCGGCCGACCAGGCGCGACUUGAGCAGCUGGAGGCCAUUCGACGAGACUCUCCACAACUAGCGCCGCCACUGCAAAUACUACCCUCACGACCUCCUCCCGUCCUGCCUGCUAUUGCCCCCACCUCUGAAGUCCACUGCCGUAUGUUUUCUUGUUUUGAUCACUCACGUUGCUCCUUAACUUCGGGAUUCUCCGUCUAUCUCUAUGACCCAGACGUAUUUGUUCCUCUCGCUGGUGCAGAAGUGGAUGGUUUCCUAAAGACCACUUUACGACAGACAUUGGGUUAUAAUACACACAUAACUCGUAAUCCCAACGAAGCGUGUGUAUAUCUCGUAAUUGUAGGCGAAUCUUUCCCUUUUGAGAAAACUUCCACAUCUACGAUAGAUACAUACAAGCUACUGUUGAAUGAAACAGCCAUCAAGAAUCUGCCAUUCUGGGGCGGCGAUGGACGUAAUCACAUUUUAAUAAAUAUGGCACGGCGAGAGCUGUCGGUUGGCUCCGGCGACGCUUUUCGUGGCACGUCGAUAGGACGAGCCAUGGUAGCACAAUCUACAUUCACGCAUGACCAGUUCAGACCAGGAUUCGACAUUAUAACACCACCUGCGCUCGGUCCACCUGGUGGGGACGUCUGGGCUGACUGUGCGCCUAUUGCACCCGCAAGACGGAAAUAUUUAUUAAGUUUUCAGGGGUCGCAGACACCACCGAUUGGAUUCGACAAGGAUGUCGACUCCUCGCUGAUAGAAAUCUUACAAAAAAUGGUGAAGUCAGCGCCAGCCACCGAUCUUUUUCUUCUUCAAUUCGAAUGUGAUCCAACAGUAGAAAAAAGGGCAGUGCAAGCUAUUGGAGACUGGGCAUUGUGCGGAACGGAUCGGUCUCGACGGGCUGUGUUACGAGAUUCUACUUUUGCUCUUAUAUUAGCACCGGCGGAUCGUACUUAUACCUCGACGGCCUUGUUGCAAGCAAGGCUCUACGAGGCUCUCAGGUCCGGGGCCAUCCCGGUGCUUUUAGGCGGAGAUAGAAUCCGCCUCCCUUAUGAGGAAGUGUUGGACUGGCGGCGAGCAGUGCUUUCCCUGCCGCGCGCUCGCGUGGUGGAGCUGCACUUCCUGCUGCGCGCGCUGGGCGACGCCGACCUGCUGGCGCUGCGCCGCCAGGGCCGCGUGCUGUGGGAGCGGUACCUGAGCUCCGUGCAGGCUAGCGUGGACUCACUGCUGGCCACGCUGCGCACCCGCUUGCUCAUACCCGCGCGCCCCGCGCCGCCCACUGUGGGGGUCCCUGCAUUUAACGAGUCAUAUUUUCCACCACGGCUCGAGCCUCCCGCAGUGGAGGCUGAACCGGAGGAGACCCUGGGACCGCUCGAGGCUCCAUACCCGAGUCCUGCAUACCGUCGGAAUUAUUCCGUGGCCUUGCUCCAUGGAUACGAGUCAUGGAACGAUUGGCUGGAUCCGUUCGCGUUGUACCCUCAGCUACCUUGGGACCCGCCAGUGACGUCUGAGGCGCGCUUCAUGGGUUCAGAUGCGGGCUUCCGGCCGCUGGGUGCUGGUGCCGGUGGUACUGGAAAAGAGUUCAGCAAGGCGCUGGGUGGUGACCGUCCGCGGGAACAGUUUACUAUUGUCAUCCUCACCUACGAAAGAGAAGCUAUGCUGGCAGCCGCGCUGAGCAGGUUGAGGGGACUGCCAUAUUUAAACAAAGUGAUAGUGGUGUGGAACGGGCCGUCGUCACCAAGCGCGAUGGCGACCUGGCCCGAGAGCGGCGCGCCCGUGGCCGUGGUCCGCCCGUCACGCAACUCGCUCAACAACCGCUUCCUGCCCUAUAACCUCAUUGAAACCGAGGCCGUGCUAUGCGUCGACGAUGACGCUAAUUUAAGACACGAUGAAAUCGUAUUCGCCUUUAGAGUGUGGCGUGAGCAUCGCGACAGAAUUGUUGGCUUCCCCGGACGAUAUCACGCUUGGGACUUGAACUUUAAUAACGGCUUCCUUUACAACGCUAACUAUUCUUGCGAAUUGUCCAUGGUACUAACGGGUGCGGCAUUCAUACAUCGCUACUACAUGUGGGCGUACUGGCGCACUCUGCCGGCUGCUAUACGGGAUCAUGUCGACGAGUACUUAAACUGCGAGGACAUCGCUAUGAACUUUCUAGUCUCGCACAUCACACGGAAGCCGCCCGUCAAGGUAACCUCGCGCUGGACCUUCCGAUGUCCUGGAUGCCCAGUGAAGCUGUCACAGGACGAGACACAUUUGCUCGAAAGAAAUAAAUGUAUACAGUUCUUCUCGCAGGUAAUGGGUUACACGCCACUGCUGUCGACGCAGUACCGCGCAGACUCCGUCCUUUUCAAGACGCGGAUAUCGCACGACAAACAAAAAUGUUUUAAGUUUAUUUAGUUUGCCUGCACUGUCUUACAUUCUUAUUUGAGGCAGUUAUAGUGACGUAAUCGAAACAUAAAUUGUACUAGAGUGAUUCGGCAGGCGCAGGUAAGCCGCUACGCUAAAGAAAAUAAUAGAGAUGCCAAACUGUUCAGAAUAACCGAAAAAAAAUACUUGAGAUUUUCUGGUUGGUUAAUUUCAACUGGAUUUAAUGAUAUAUUACAGAACUGUAUUAUAUUAUGUUAAACCUUCUUCUUGAUACAUACACAUAGGUUAGAAAUAAUAAUAGUUUUCUAUGAUGUAGUCAUUCAUGCACUAAUUAUUUUUGAUAGAGUCUCAUUUGUUUAUAUAAUUUCAUAGUUUUAUAUCAAAUGUUUAUAAACUUUUUUUUUAGGGAAUUGACAUAAAAUUAGAAGUGUAGCUAUGGAGUAUGGUGGGCUAAUAAUUGUCAUUUAUUAAAGUAUAAUUAAAUCAAAAUCUGACUGUAUACAUAGCCGAGUAAUUGUGGUUGCCACGCCUCUGUCGGCUACGUGUCGCGUAGGACAAUCGUUUGUGUGCUUGUCCUGAAUCUGGAUGUCUUUGUACGUGUGACUUGAAUGGUUCUGAAACUCCCCGCGACAACAGGAUUGAAU